AUAACUUAUAAUAAUGGCUUCAAAACCCGAGUUUGGUGUAUCCUCAUCAAAAUUUGGUGGCGGCCAAAGAGGAGGCGGUAAUCAACGAGGAAGAGGUCGUGGAAACCCUGGAAACUUUGUUCGCACCACCUCGUCUUUUAUAAACCAUGGAUUGCCUACCGGUGGCACGAACGACGUUUCUAAUGUUGAUCAAAAAUUUGAGGAUGUUCGUGUGUUGGACAACUUGGAGGUUCCUUUCGGAUUUGAACGCUAUCAAGAGGGACCAGAGCGAUUAGGUUGGCUUCUGAACAUGCAUGAGACUUUAAUGAAAGAUUCAGACUGGGAAACUGGUAGAUCAGGUGUCGACUUCUAUUUCAUUAAUGAUAAUGGCGAAACAUUUAAGACCACAAUGUUACAUAGUCCAUAUUUUUUUAUUCACUGCAAGCCGGGUACAGAAGGAGAAGUAGAAGAUUAUUUACAUAGACGUUUCGACGAUACCAUUGAGAAAAUGAAGCGUGUCAAAAAGGAAGACCUGAAACAACCUAACCAUUUAAUUGGUAAUACCCGUACAUAUAUUCAACUCUCUUUUAGAAACCAGGCCGACCUUUACACCGUUAGACGAAUUUUGAUGCCUGUUGCAAAGAAAAAUCAGGAAAAGGCAAAUACCGUAGACAGUUAUGCGGAGGUCGUCAACGCAGCGAAUAACAUUGGAUACGAAAAUCAACCUCAUUUUGCAGCAAUGUCAUCACGUAAAAAUCCCGAAGACACCUUAGAUAAUAUUCUAGAUAUUCGUGAAUAUGAUGUACCAUACUAUGUUCGUGCAGCUAUUGAUUUAGAUAUCCGUGUUGGUCUUUGGUACAUAGCAAAAGCGAGUCAUAAUGGCACAAUAUCCCUCACAAAACGCCCUGAUUUAGUUCAUCGUCCAGAACCUGUCAUCUUAGCGUUUGAUAUCGAAACCACGAAACUCCCGUUAAAGUUUCCAGAUGUAGCCAUUGAUUCCAUCAUGAUGAUCUCAUAUAUGAUUGAUGGCCGAGGUUAUUUAAUUACAAAUCGAGAUAUUGUUAGCCAGGAUAUUGAAGAUUUUGACUAUACACCAAAACCUGAGUUCGAAGGUCCUUUUACUAUUUUCAACGAACAAGACGAAGAGGCCUUAUUACGGAGAUUCUUUGAACAUAUUCAAGAAGCUAAACCCACCAUCUUUGUUACCUAUAACGGAGAUUUCUUCGAUUGGCCAUUUGUGGAAGGAAGAGCAAAAAUACACGGCAUCGAUAUGUACCAGGAAAUCGGUGUUUAUAAAGAUGAUGAAGACGAAUAUAAGUGUAAACACGCAACCCACAUGGAUGCUUUCCGUUGGGUCAAGCGUGAUUCAUAUUUACCGCAAGGUAGUCAAGGCCUAAAGGCUGUUACAACUGCAAAACUAGGCUAUAAUCCCAUGGAGCUGGAUCCUGAAGAUAUGACCAGAUUUGCGAGCGAAUUCCCACAAACUUUAGCACAAUAUUCAGUUUCCGAUGCUGUCGCCACGUAUUAUCUGUAUAUGAAGUAUGUACAUCCUUUUAUUUUCUCACUUUGCAAUAUUAUUCCGCUAGUGCCGGAUGAGGUAUUGAGAAAAGGUACAGGUACACUGUGUGAGUUGCUCUUGAUGGUGGAGGCAUUUAGAGUGAACGUCAUUAUGCCAAAUAAGCAUGUGGACCAAAUUAACAUGUUCUACGAGGGACACCUCCUAGAGAGCGAAACGUAUGUCGGUGGACACGUAGAGGCUCUGGAAGCUGGAGUAUUCCGAAGUGAUAUUAACACCGAUUUUAAGACAGAUCCUACAGCUGCACAAGAGUUAAUAGAUCAACUAGACGAUGCCUUGAAAUUCACUAUUCAAGUCGAAGAACAAAAGAGUUUGGAUGAUAUUGCUAAUUAUGAGGAAAUCAAAGCACAAAUCAAAAAAGAAUUAGAAGAGUUGCGUGAUCGGCCUGCACGUCAAGAACCACCCCUAAUCUAUCAUUUGGAUGUUGCAGCCAUGUAUCCUAACAUCAUUUUAACAAAUCGUCUUCAACCCGAUGCUAUGGUGGAUGAAUCAGAAUGCGCCACUUGUGAAUUCAACACAACAGAUAAGACCUGUGAUCGCCGUAUGAAGUGGAUGUGGCGCGGUGAAUAUUUCCCGGCUAAAAAGAACGAAUAUCGAAUGAUUGAAAAUCAGCUGAGCAUUGAAACCUUUCCUCCCAAAUACCCUACUGGUCCUACACGUACCUGGAAUGCCUUGACCGAUGCUGAGAAGUCGGCACUGGUGCGAUCACGUCUAACCGAUUACAGUAGAAGGGCUUACAAAAAAGUGAAAGAAACCCAGACCGUGGAAAGAGAAUCCAUCAUUUGUCAACGAGAAAACCCAUUUUAUAUUGAAACUGUACGUGCUUUCCGUGACCGUCGUUAUGAAUACAAAGGGCUUCACAAGACAUGGAAGGGGAAACUUGAUGUCGCUUCAAAAGAUGGUUCAGCUACCAAGGUCGCAGAGGCCAAAAACAUGAUCGUCCUAUAUGAUUCUCUUCAAUUGGCUCACAAGGUUAUUCUGAAUUCCUUUUAUGGUUAUGUUAUGAGAAAAGGUGCUCGUUGGCAUUCCUUAGAAAUGGCGGGUAUUGUUUGUUUAACUGGUUCAAAAAUUAUUCAGAUGGCUAGACAGUUAGUAGAACGCAUUGGUCGUCCACUUGAAUUGGAUACAGACGGUAUUUGGUGCAUCUUGCCUAAAAGUUUUCCUGAAACUUUCACGUUUAAUUUAAAGAAUGGCAAAAAAUUCCGUAUCGACUAUCCUUGUACCAUGUUGAAUCAUUUAGUCCAUGCCCAAUUUACCAACGAUCAAUACGAAAGACUUUCCAACCCAGAAACAUUUGAAUACACCGUUAGUAAAGAGAACAGUAUCUUUUUCGAAAUUGAUGGCCCUUAUAAAGCCAUGAUUUUACCUUCUUCCACUGCUGAAGAUAAGUUACUUAAGAAGCGUUAUGCGGUAUUCAACGAUGAUGGUUCUCUUGCUGAAUUAAAGGGUUUCGAAAUAAAGCGUCGUGGUGAACUCAAAUUGAUCAAGAUCUUCCAGUCUGAAAUCUUCAAUGUUUUUUUGGAUGGUACAACGCUUGAGGAAUGUUACGCAGCUGUGGCCAGAGUUGCGGAUCGAUGGCUCGAUGUUUUGUUCAGUAAAGCGAUCAAUUUAGACGAUGAUGAACUAUUCGAACUGAUUUCAGAAAAUCGAAGCAUGUCUAAAACACUUGAAGAGUACGGUGCUCAAAAAUCGACAUCUAUCACUACAGCCAAACGUCUUGCCGAGUUCUUAGGUGACCAAAUGAUCAAAGAUAAAGGUUUGGCUUGUAAAUUUAUUAUUUCGGCUCGUCCUCAUGGUAUCCCAGUCUCCGAGAGAGCUGUUCCUGUGGCUAUCUUUCAAGCCGAACCUGGUGUCAAGAAGCAUUUUUUGAGGAAAUGGUUACGUGAUAAUUCCCUUGAAACUUUUGAUAUCCGUGAUAUUUUGGAUUGGGAUUAUUAUCUCGAACGUUUUGGUUCGGUCAUUCAGAAAUUGAUUACCAUCCCUGCAGCUAUGCAAAAAGUUCGUAAUCCUGUCCCUCGUGUUAGACAUCCUGAUUGGCUUUUUAAACGUGUAGCUGCCAAAGAUGACAAAUUUAAACAACAUCGCAUUACGGACAUGUUUGGAAAAUCCGACAAGCCGUUGAUGGAAGAUAUGAUGGAUGUGGACGAUAUUGAAGAGCUGAAUAUUUCGGGUACUGCUACGGGUAUUCUACCUAAAAUUGCUAAAGUAACAAAGCGAAAACAGGCCAAGCCCAUUUUCGAUAUCGAUGCCCCUUUGCCUGAAGAGGAUCUUAAGAGCAAUAUGCCUGAUUGGAACGAAGAUUAUCCCGAAUGGCUUGAGUUCCAAAAGCGUAAAUGGAAAAGACAGCGAUUAAUUCGUGAACACAACAGAACUAGUGGAAUAAGUAAGCAAUUUCCCAGUCAAGCAAACACAGCUUCUAGUUUCUUUAGAAAACAAACAGGUUCGCUAGUCAUGAGUGUAUGGGAGGUCCUACAAAUCGUCGAGACGGAUAUUCCUGGCGAAUAUCGAAUGUGGGUUAUUGUACAAGAUCAAAUGUUUAAUAUCCGUUUGACGGUGCCUCGUAUCUUUUAUCUCAAUAGUAAAGAAAAAGAGCCUGCUGAAGUGAUGAAUCAAAACCCCUCUUGUGAUAUGGCCAAAUGCUCUCGUGUUUUGCCCAGAUCUCAUCCUUGCUCGAAUCUUUUCCAUAUGUCAAUGCCUGAAAUUACAUAUCAAAAUGAGCUCAAAAAAUUUUCGAACAUUUUCAAUCACCCUACUACAGAGGGUGUUUACGAAACUCAAGUACCCCUUAUGACUCGUGCCAUUUUACAACUAGGUGCCACUUGUCAAUUUGACAGAUCCAAAAACUCAUCUACGCGUCGUCUUGAUGAUCAAUUCAACCUAUAUGACUUGGUUAAACGUACGGAUGCUACACCCCAUUACAUCAAGAACCCAAAGAUGUUCCAAUACAUUUAUCUUUUCCACGCCCAUUGUGAUUCUAGGCAUUUCUUCGCUCUAGUUGGACCUACUAUCCCUAUAUCACAGGUUUAUGUGGUAGGCCUCUCCAAGAAAAACCAACAAAUGCCCAACGUUGCACGCAUGUAUAAGGAAAAGUACGAGAGUAUGUUUAAGGAAGGCAACCCAGGAAGUGAUACUGUGGAUUUAGCUAGCGAAUUAGAUUUCGAAACAACCUAUUACGUUACAGAAACUGAGGCUCUUCGAGCAGUCAACAAAUCACUCAUGAAAUACCUUGAUUCAAGACACGGUAAAAGUAUUUUGGCGAUUAACUCCCCGCGCUCUUCUUCCCAUUUGAUUCAACAUGCUCGUAAUAUCACAUCGUUGCCAUUUGUGCGAGUUCCUUCGCUACAGGAAGAUAACCGAUUUGAUGCAUUAAAUUGGACUGUACCGAUUGUCAAACGUAUGAUCAAACAUUAUUUGGAUUUAAGCAACUGGAUUGAUGAUAAAACAUCUCAAGCACGUUACGCUAAUAUACCUUUCUGUAACAUUCCUGAUGAUCCUUAUUUGUUCAUGUCGGAUAUCAUGUUUGCACGAAAAUUAAUCGAAAAUGAUAUGGUACUAUGGUGGUCAGCUUCUAGUAUGCCUGAUCUCGGUGGUCGUGAAGAAGACGAAAAUGUGAACAUCACAAGUGAAAUUAUGAAUACAGAACUCAGUUACCCAGGCGCAUAUGAGACUGUUUGUGUGGAGAUUGAGGUGGUGCGACUCUGUUUAAACACUUUAAUGGAAGCACCCGUCAUUAAUGAAUUGGAAGGUACUUCGGGUAUGGGUGGUUUUGAUAACGCAAGUCAUACAUUAGAUGAAUACCAAGGGGGUGCUGUUAGCAAUACCGCAUCAUUUGGUGAGAGCAUGAUUUCAGGAAAGACCUUCUCUAUGCUUCGUGCUUUGGUGCUUCAAUGGUUUAAACAGGCAGCAACAGACAAAGAGAACAAGUUUGGAGAGCAUAUGAUCGAUUGUUUACAUCGCUGGUUACUUAGCCCGAGCUCAUUUAUGCACGAUCCUGCUUUAUACGGUCUUGUACAUGGUAUGAUGAAGAAGGUCUUUAUGCAACUGGUGGCAGAGUUUAAACGGUUGGGUGCGACCAUUGUGUUCGCUAAUUUUCACAAGAUUGUGCUUACAACUAGCAAAGAAACUAUUGAAAGCGCUUUACCUUAUUUUGAUUACCUAUAUCGAUCUAUCCAACGCAAGCAGGUAUUCGAAAUUCUCGAGCUUGACCCCUCUUUCUACUGGGAUAUUUUGCUUUGGAUGGACGAGAAAAACUAUGCUGGUAUGAUGGUCAGUGACAUAAAGGGUCAACUGCAACAUGUCGUAACAAAGAAAUGGAACAUUGAAGAAUAUUUACCUGCGGCAGCUCGUGGAAUGUUCAGCAAACAAACCUCCUCCUUCGUAUACAAACUUUUUACGUUAAAACGUGAUUUUCCCCGCGACAUCAGCAGUGUUAUUAAAGAAGCAGAUGAUAAUCGACCAGAUAUCCGUCUACAAAAACUCCAACUCUAUAUAAAGCAAGAAGUGGCGAGAAAGAUGCUUCGUAUGGUACCUGCUUUAGUUCGUCGUCAAGAAGAGCAAAAUCAUCUCCAUGAUCCUGAUCUGGAGUUUCCUCAGUUAGCGGGAUCGCAUCUUCCCAUGGACAAUCCAGCGUUAGAAUACGUUAAAUCGGUGUGUGCUAUUCUGAAUUUAGAACCAAGAAUUGAGGAUGAAGUUCGUAUUCUGAAACGUAGUGCACUUGAAUUGGUAGGCGGAUUAAGUGAUUUUAGCAGUAUUGCACAGUUCCGUAAUCCCUGCGAAUAUUUCAAGCUGACCGAAGUUAUAUGUAUUUAUUGUAAUUUCACGGCAGAUCUGGAUUUCUGUAGAGACAAAGAAUUGAUGCCCCAGAAUGGCCAGGUUCAAGCAUGGCGCUGUAAGGGAUGCCACUGUGAAUAUGAUAAAUUUCUGAUUGAAGAACGUAUGAUUGCCCAAAUACAAAGAUGGGUCACAUCAUUCCAACUUCAGGAUUUACGAUGCCAUCGAUGCCAUACAGUGAAAAAGGAAAAUCUCAUGCUGCAGUGCGAUAAAUGCGGCAGUCAAUACUCAAGUACCCAAAGCAAGCCCGAAUUGGAGCGAAAAAUUAAAGUGUUUAAAAAUGUAGCAGAAGAGCAGCAACUGGUUGCACUAUCAGAAGUUGUUGACUGGUGUUUAAUGAGACUGUAAUAACCAUUGUUCACCAUUGUAUAUAUAUAUGUAUAUUAUG